AUGUUUGGGAAACAAGACAAAAUGGACGUUAGAUGCAGUUCAGAGACUGAAGCUAACCGGGUCUCGAAGAACGGACAUAAGGAGGGCAAGGAAAGCAAAGGGUCUGAAGGAAAUAUUUCUACUUCUUUUUUGAAGGAUCAGCAAGGGACUUUUUCUGCCUCUGCAGCUACGGAAGACUGUAAUAAAAGUAAAUCUAGUUCGGCUGAUCCCGACUAUUGCAGGAGGAUCCUAGUUAGAGAUGCCAAAGGUUCAAUCAGAGAGAUUAUUCUGCCUAAGGGGCUUGAUCUGGACCGUCCCAAGCGGACCCGCACCUCCUUCACGGCCGAGCAGCUCUACCGCCUGGAGAUGGAGUUCCAGCGCUGCCAGUACGUCGUGGGGCGGGAGCGCACCGAGCUCGCCCGCCAGCUCAAUCUCUCCGAGACUCAGGUCAAGGUCUGGUUCCAGAACCGGCGCACCAAGCAGAAAAAGGACCAGGGCAAGGACUCCGAGCUGCGGUCGGUGGUGUCCGAGACCGCCGCCACCUGCAGCGUCCUGCGGCUGCUGGAGCAAGGCCGGCUGCUCUCCCCGCCGGGGCUGCCCGGCCUCCUGCCGCCCUGCGCCGCCGGCGCGCUGGGCUCGGCGCUGCGCGGACCCGGCCUGGCUGCGGGCAGCGGCAGCGCGGCGGCGGCGGCGGCUCCCGCCGGCGGCUCCCCGCACCCGCCGGCCGCCAGCAGCGCGGCGGGGCCCCCCCCGCCGGCAGCGCUGCACGGAGCGGCCGCCGCCGGGCACGGGCUGUUCGGGCUGCCGGUGCCCGCGCUGCUGGGCUCGGUGGCCGGGCGGCUCUCCUCCGCGCCCCUGGCCGUGGCCGGCUCGCUGGCGGGCAACUUGCAGGAACUGUCGGCCCGCUACCUGAGCUCGUCCGCCUUCGAGCCCUACUCCCGGACCAACAAUAAAGAAAGCGCUGAGAAAAAAGCACUGGACUGA